AUGCCUCUCAAGAACGAUUCCUUCCCCUCAUCCGCCGCCUUCGACGUGAUCAACCAGACUCUCCAGUCUAACGACGCCGACCGCAAGGAUGCCGUCGAUAAGGCCAAGGCCAUCGUCGCUUUCAACCUGAAGAACGCCAAGGGCGAGGAGAAGAGCUGGUACCUCGACCUGAAGAACAAGGGCGAGGUCGGCGAGGGUGCCGCUCCCGCCGGUGGCAAGGCUGAUGUCACCCUGAACCUCUCCGACGAGGACUUCGCCCAGCUGGUCUCCGGAAAGGCCAACGCCCAACGUCUGUUCAUGGGUGGCAAGCUCAAGAUCAAGGGCAACAUCAUGAAGGCGACCAAGAUGGAGCCCAUCCUGAAGAAGGCCCAGGGCGGUGCCAAGCUGUAA